GGGCGGCGCGGCGGGGCUCGCUCGGCGCCGCAGCCGUAACCUCCCGUCUCUCCCUCUCGCAGCGGCCGCGGCGACGAUGCAGGCGGAGUCGGGGAUCGUGCCGGACUUCGAGGUGGGCGAGGAGUUCCACGAGGAGCCCAAGACGUACUACGAGCUGAAGAGCCAGCCCCUCAAGAGCAGCAAUUCCGAGCAUCCUGGCGCUUCCAAGCCUCCCUUAAGCUCCUCCAGCAUGACCUCACGAAUCCUGCUCCGACAGCAGCUCAUGCGUGAGCAGAUGCAGGAGCAGGAGCGUCGGGAGCAGCAGCAGAAGCAGCAGGCAGCCCAGUUCAUGCAGCAGCGAGUGCCCGUGAGCCAGACACCUGCCAUCAACGUCAGCGUGCCCACCAGCCUGCCCCCUGCCACCCAGGUGCCCAUGGAGGUCCUCAAGGUGCAGACUCACCUUGAGAAUCCAACCAAGUACCACAUUCAGCAGGCCCAGCGGCAGCAGGUAAAGCAGUACCUCUCUACCACUCUAGCAAAUAAACAUGCCAACCAAGCCCUGAGCUUGCCAUGUCCAAACCAGCCUGGGGAUCAUGUCAUGCCACCUGGGACGGGGAGCAGCGCACCCAACAGCCCCAUGGCUAUGCUCACCCUCAACUCCAACUGUGAGAAGGAGGGAUUUUAUAAAUUUGAAGAGCAAAGCAGGGUUGAGAGUGAGUGCCCGGCUCUGAAUACACACUCACGAGCAUCAUGCAUGCAGAUGGAUGAUGUGAUUGAUGACAUCAUUAGCUUGGAGUCCAGUUACAAUGAAGAAAUCCUCGGCUUGGUGGACCCAGCCCUGCAAAUGGCAAACACGUUGCCUGUGUCUGGCAAUUUGAUUGACCUUUAUGGCAACCAAAGCAUGCCUCCUCCAGGACUAAACAUCAGCAACUCAUGUCCAGCUAAUCUUCCUAAUAUAAAAAGGGAGCUCACAGAGUCCGAAGCGAGAGCGUUGGCUAAGGAGAGGCAAAAGAAGGACAAUCACAACUUGAUUGAAAGAAGAAGAAGAUUUAAUAUUAAUGAUCGUAUAAAAGAACUGGGCACCUUGAUACCCAAGUCAAAUGACCCCGACAUGCGCUGGAACAAGGGGACGAUCCUGAAGGCGUCGGUGGAUUACAUCCGCAAGCUGCAGAGGGAACAGCAGCGCACCAAGGAGCUGGAGAACAGGCAGAAGAAGCUGGAGCAUGCCAACAGGCACCUGCUGCUCAGAAUACAGGAGCUUGAGAUGCAGGCCCGGGCACACGGACUGUCCCUUGUCCCAUCCACAGGCCUUUGCUCCCCUGACAUGGUCAACAGGGUCAUCAAACAGGAGCCCGUGCUGGACAACUGCACCCAGGAGAUGAUGCCACACCACACAGACCUGUCCUGCACCACCACGCUGGACCUCACUGACGGCACCAUCACCUUCAGCGACAACCUGGGCAACGUGACUGAACCAGCCGGCACCUACGGAGUUCCUGCCAAAAUGGGAUCCAAGCUGGAGGACAUCCUGAUGGACGAUACGCUGUCCCCCGUGGGAGUGACUGACCCCCUGCUCUCCUCCGUGUCUCCUGGGGCCUCCAAGACGAGUAGCAGGCGGAGCAGCGUGAGCAUGGAGGACACUGACCAUGCCUGUUAGCACCUGUUGGCACAGCUUUCAGAAACUGCUUGGGUUCUUUGAUCAGUAGAUGAAAUAAUUUACCCUUUUGUAGAAUUUUUUUGAUUUUUUUUUUCCCCCCUCGUGCUUCAUCAGUGUGUGUGCGUGUGUGUAUAUAUUAUAUAUAUAGAAUUUUUUUUAGAAUUUUUUGUGAAGAAACUUGUAUAUUCUAUUUUAAAACUACCAAUGCCUCCAAAAUAUUGUACAGCAUAUGUACAGAAUCUGUGAACUGGAUUCGCCAAGAACUUUGAACUGGUCAAAUCUACUCAAAGCAAUAGAAUUACAGAUGAAGAGUCUGUUUCUACUGGGGGGGAGGGGGCAAUUGUAGGAUUGUAAAUGCAACCUAUUUACUUGGAAACAAAAUGUAAAGUUUAAGAAUGUAAAGAAACAACAACAACAACAAAAGUCCAAUUUGUAAUUGUAUUAAUUGAAUAGUGCUGCCUUAAAGAUACAGUGUCCCUCAAAUGUUGGUCUUACAUGACAAGUGUUUAGGGAAAAUACCCACCUGACUUCACUCAGAAAAGAAACUAAACCCAAGUGUUAAGACAUCCUAAUUGUGUUGAUUGUGAUAUAAAAUGCUGUUGCUGAAACUGCAGGGAGAUGUGAGUGUCUCAGAGUGUUGUUUAAUUUUACUCUGAGCUGAUUUGGGUUUUCCUUUUGAUCAUGGUUCAAGUUUUUCCUCUUAAAUUUUUUUUUGUUUUGUGACACACAUGGGUGGCUUUGCCAAUGGCAAAGCAAGCAGGAGCACUGUAAGUUGGGAUACACUCUUUGGACAAAAAAAAUUAUGCAUAUUAUAGCUGGGCACAUUAUGUUGUACAUAUCUAAUUGGCUUCUUUUUUUUAUUGCAUUGUACAGUUUAUUUUGAUUUGCAUGGAUUCCUUAGUUAUCCUCAACUUUUUGUUUUAAAUUUAUUUGUAUUUCAUUUGUAAGAUUUUUGCCUCUUAAUAUUGCAGCGAUUUUUUGACAUUUUUAAAACUCAUUGGAAGUUUUCUGCGUUCUUUGUAAACACUUGAAAGGAAGCUUUUAUGCAGGGUUCUGUGUUUUAAGAGAGAUUUUGAGAAUAUUUUGUAUAUUACAGUCUCACUUUGAAAAUGUUUUUAAACGCAUUUAAGGUAGAGUAAAAAUUUAGAUUAGGUAAUAAAACAACUCUGUAGAGAAACUGAACUUACAUAUUUAUUUUUAGUGAUACAGAAACAAAGUAGUAAUAUGCUUGGAAACAUAACUAUGUAGUUAAUAUACCCGUUAGAGCAAUUCGUGUUCUAUUUCAGCACUGGGGCUGACAUAAGAGAAAAAAAAAAACAACAAAAAAAAAGAGUAAAUUACUGUAUCUGCAAAUAACUGUUACUUGAUAACAAUGUUAUUAAUUUUUAACAUGCAACCAUGUUGUAAAAGUAGUUUGGUGCAUUAUCUACUCAAGUGUAGUCCUAUGCAAUAACGGUAGUUUUCCUUGUAUUAUAUCCAGCCUAGGUGUUCCAUGGAGGUGACAGACAGGUGGUGUUCGAGGGAAUGGAGUUCUCCACGGCAGCCUACAGCCGACUGGCAGGCGUGGCUCGUUCAGAAUGAAGUGCCUUAAACUCUAGUUGUAGUCUUCCUCGACUAGCACUGACUGAAGUGUGGCGUAGACAGAGCUUUGGGGUGGUGGUGUGUAGGGCCUUGAGGUGUAGCAUGGUGCCUAUGGAUAGAAAACCAGAGCUUCCCUUUCUCCUUUGUGCUACACUGGAAAUUACAUAGGAUGGGUGCAACGGUGAGUAACCUGAGUGCCAAUUUGGCCAGCUUUCCCAGGAAACCUUGGGCUCAGCAGGUGGUGUUCAGAAACCAAAUGUGAACUGGGUUAGGAUGGGGUGGCUGGGGGUAGUGAUGGGAGUUUCCACAGCGCUGAGCCCUCUCACAGAUAUUUCCCCAGGAGGAUUCCCUGCAAUGGAGUGGGGGCAAGGGCUCCUGCUGUCCCCUGCCUGGUGUCCCCAGGGGCCUGGGCUCUGCAGGGCUGUGGAACUCGGGCUCUGUGUUCCUGUCACUGUUCCCGUGGCUGUGUCCAGCCCUCCCUUCCCGCUUGAGCCGCCAGCGAUGUGUUAGCGUUGAUGCAACCACGGGGUUGUGGCUUUUUUUCUUUUCUUUUGUAGUUCUUGAAGGAGGAGCUGGAGUUGGGUUGUAAUAAUGCCUCUCCCCCUCAGCCCUCACAGCUUUUGGGAAUGUGUCUUUCCUAGGGUAGAGAAGCUCUGGCCCAGGCAGGACCCAGGAGGCUGCAGGAUGUGCUGUGGUCACCAUGGUCCUGGGGCAGGAAAUGCCCCCAGUCCCUGCAAGGCAGCUGUGCCAUAGCUCUGAGUCAAGUGUGAGGGUACAGGCUUCUGGUGCUGCUGUUUGGCUGGGGUGACUGGUAGGAAAAUGUGUAAAAAACGGUUGUAGCUGUAACACAGGGCUGUGUUGCCCUUCCCCAAAGAAUGGGGCAGCUCUGCAGUGUUGGUACAACAAAUCAGGGUGUGCAUGCUGGAGUGUAGUAACUGAGAACCACUGAAUGUAUUGAAUGAGGCUUUUGGUUUGGUGCCUGCCCUGGGCAUUCAGAAAUUCAAGUCUAGACUGUGGUAUAUGAAUAUUUUUCAAGCUUAUGUGAAACCACUGGUACUCGCUGACUUCUCAUUUUUGGCCAUGUGGAGGUGAGUUAGGAUUCAAGGCCAGCCAUUCCAUCAGGAGCUGGAUUCCCUGGCAGAAGUCUCUGUGGCUGCAGCAGCUGUGUUGUGUGCUCCCCAUACCUUGUGUUUUCUGGGGUAACACAUGACUUGGCCAUGCCCUGCUCACUCUUCCCCCUGUGUUUCCAUGGGUUACAGCCUUCCUCUGAGCCUGCCCACCCUUGGAAUGGUGACACUGCAGUGGGGACACCUCUAGGAGACACAGACCCUCAGUGGGUGCUAAUGGGAGGUGCCUUUGCCCGUUUGAGCGUGAUGGAGGGUGUGGCUGUGACAUUUUGGAGGGGUUGGUGGCAGGGGACAGGGGCAGCAGUCACAGGAAUGGUUUGGCAUGGGCUGGGUGGAGUGAGAUGGACAGAAGUUGCUGCCCAGUCUGGUGACAGUGACGUGUGUGACGCUGGGCAGCGAUGGCUUCCCUGAGCAGGUGGGUGGGGAAAUGACCAAUUCUCACUUUGCCAAAGCCAUGCAACAGGCAGGGAUGUGCAGAGUACCAUGGAAAGUUCUUCCUUACUGCUUUUGGCCUAUAAAGCAAUAUUUAACUCUUACAACCUGUAAAAGCAAAAAGAAGGUACAUAAGGAAAGCACAAAGCACAAAAUAAUGCACUUACAUUUAUGUUGUUUGACAUAAAAUGCACUGGGGGGGAAGCUGAUGUUGAUAAUAGUAUAAAUACCUAUAUUUCUUGAAAAAAGUGACAUUAAUUACUGCCUCUUGCUAUGAUGCUUGGUACUGUAAUGUUGAUAUUCAUCUGCUGUUGACUGCAGCAAUAAUUUGUGUAUGGUCCAUAGCACUGUAAAUUAUGGAUCAAUAUUAAUGUAUCCAAUGAAAUAAUUUGAACUGUUGUUCUUGAUAGAUGGAUUAAAGCAUUUGGUUUUUCACAUA